GCAGAGCAUUAGAAAUCUUUGGCUGCUUUUAUGGCUUCAAGACUAUGAAUUAAGUCCCAGAUAAAAAUAGUUUGAUAAGCAGAGGCAAAGAAAGAGGUGCUGAGAGCUAAAAGACCAAAGAGAGAGAAUUUCAUGAUCAAGGGCAUUAGAAACUUAAAGUUUGCUUGUGAUUGGAUUGCGCAACUAGACCAUAGUCCAAAUUGAAGUGGUUCAAGCUAAGCUUUCUUCCAGAUUCUAAUGGGUAAACCAUUGCUUGAAUUGGUUUAAAUUACCACAUGAAAUUACAGUUUUACCUCUUUGAGAUUAUUAUCAAUAAUUAAGUGCAUCACUUUUGGUGCUUUCGUGCAUUUACUUACCAGUUAUUAGUUCUAAUGCUUUUUGAUGUAUCUAUAUGUCUCAACCGCUCAACAACAGGACAAAAAUCGAGAUGUAAUUGUUGCAUUUCCAGAUGUUGAUCCAUCUGUCAUAUUGAUACCAGAGAUAUUUGAAGAGAGAAAGCUUGUGCAUUUUAGUCGACAAUUAUCAGAAAGAGAGCCACUGAAGGAAACAGCUAAUUCUUAUGAUCAACCACAUUUAUGGUAUUCAACUGCUGAUGUCACACGCGCAUUAGUUCUUUUCCUAGAAAAUGGGUAUGAUGUAUCAGAUAGCCAGACUUUCAGAUAUGAUCUCGUGGAUCUCACCCGUCAGGCAUUAGCAAAGUAUGCAAACAAAGUAUUCUUGAAGAUUAUAGAAGGGUACCAACUCAGUAAUUUAAAACAAGUGACCAUAUAUAGCCAGCACUUUCUUGACCUUAUGAAAGAGCUGGACAUGCUUUUGUCAUGUCAUGAUGGAUUUCUGCUUGGACCCUGGUUGGAAAGUGCCAAACGCCUUGCAAGAGACCCAGAACAGGAGCAACAGUUUGAAUGGAAUGCAAGGACUCAAGUAACCAUGUGGUUUGAUUACACUGAGACUGAAGCUAGUUUGCUUCGUGAUUAUGGAAACAAGUACUAGAGUGGUCUUCUACUGGACUACUAUGGGCCAAGAGCAUCUAUAUAUUUCAAGUACAUGAUAGACAGCUUGGUGAAGGGGGAGAGUUUCCCAUUAGAAGACUGGAGGAGGGACUGGAUAGGCCUUACCAACAAGUGGCAAAGCAGUAGAAAUUUGUUUCCAGUGAAAGCUUCUGGUGAUGCUCUAAAUAUAUCUCGAUGGCUAUAUGACAAGU